GUUUGUUUGUUUGUUUGUUUCUUCUGGAUUAUGUUGUUAAUAAAUAAUGUGGUUCUAUUUUGGGUUUCCAUGGAAGACUGUAACUUUAAGCUUUGAAAGCAGAUAUUCAAAAUAGUUUUCUACGGAAGCAUAGUUCCCUUGAUGCAUCAUCACUCCACCCCACUUUCUCUUUCAUACAAAUAAAGGGGAAACAACCACCAAUUGUUCAUGUGAAGACGUUGUUGUGAGCUUUGAUAACACACCUGCAAGAACAACAGAAGGAAAGGACUGAAAAUGGAUAAUGUGACCAAUGCAACAACUCAGUCAGGAGCCUUAUCAAGCAUUGAAAUCUUCAAUAUAUUCAUAUAUUUUGUCACCUUCGCUCUGGGUAUCGUUGGAAAUGGGCUCGUCAUAUUUGUGACUGGCUACAAAAUGAAGACGACCGUCAACUCCAUUUGGUUUCUCAACUUGGCGAUUGCUGACUUCAUCUUCAUCUUAGUGAUCAUCCUUUACAUUGUUACCGCCUUUAACAAGAUGGAUUGGCACUUCGGUGACUUCAUGUGCAAGAUUGUCAGCUUUGUGGCGGUGCUAAACAUGUUUGCCAGCAUCUUUCUGCUGACCGCUAUCAGUCUCGACCGAUGCAUGUCUACAUGGGUGAUUGUUUGGGCUCAAAACAAACGAACUCUGGUCAAAGCCAGGAUCAUCUGUGCACUCGUGUGGGUUUUAUCCAUCCUCUGCAGCAUUCCCUUUGUCAUUUACCGCUUGGAAAAAGAUAAAAAAUGCAUUUAUAAUGUAGAACCCUUCAAGUCUCUGGUCAUAUACAGGUUCAUGGUGGGUUUUCUCAUUCCCUUUCUGAUCAUUGCAUCUUCAUACAUUGCUAUCGGAGUGCGGGCCAAACGUCUCAAAAGAGGAAAGAAGCUUAAGCCUUUUAGGGUCAUUAUAUCUGUGAUCAUGGCCUUUUUCAUAUGCUGGUUUCCUUUUCAUGUUCAACAGCUGUGUACUGUAAUUGCCCAUGAGAAUGAGUGGAGUAACUUUUUAAAAGCCAUAGGACCUUUCGUAAACUGCCUGGUUCAUCUCAACAGCUGUCUGAACCCCAUUCUCUAUGUGUUCAUGUGUGAGGAGUUUAAGAAGAAGCUGAAACAGUCUCUGCUGCUGGUGCUGGAGACGGCAUUCGCUGAAGAACAUCUGGAUUUCCGAUCAUCUCGCCCUUCCACUUGUUCUGGCCUCUCAGAAUCACAAGGUCUCAAGACGAAUGACACAACCAUCUCGUCAACAAACGAGGACAACAAAACAAGCUUUUAGAAGAUCAGUCCUGAAGAUAUUCAUUCCUUAUAUUAGACUGAAGUGGUCCGAUAUAGCGUAUUAACAAGCUCUCCACUUUGCUCCCAUGUGAGAUCAGUAGAGGUUCAAAGCCAUAUUUGUUCUGAAGAAAAUCUAAAGAUGUAAUUUAUGUGCCAUUAAAAUGACUUUUCAGACAGGAGAACACAUCCCGUUUUGCACUGGCUAGACAAACAGAUAAUCCCGCCCCAAACUUACACCAUUGAUUGAGUCACUGUGUUGUUGCAUCUAUAGUGGUUGGGAUGCUAAAAUGUUUUGUAUUGUUUAUGCUUCUUGUGGAAAACAUACAAAUGUUUUAUUGUGUGUUUAUUGUAUGUUUAAGUGGCUUUGGGGAAACUGAAAAAUAUUUUCAACAUACUUUUUUUUUUUUUUUACCUUUUUAAUUGAUUUUAAUUGUAUUCACAUUGAGCCACAUUUGUAAUAGGCUUCUGUUAAUUUAGUGCUACUAUAUAUUUUGCUAAUGUUUAUUCAUUCACCAAAUCUGAAGAAAUUCCUACUGAAACAUUCUUUCUCUAAACUUGUUUUUCUUUGUUUUCUUGUUUUCUUUUUUUUUUUUUUUAAUAAAAUUUUUUAUGCUAAA